AUGUCAAAGAGAACAUCUUCAAAUAAGCCAAGAGAAAUGCAUUACGAUUCUGACCCGGAAGUAAAUUCAGCCAUAACACCACUAUCACCAUUACAAAAUCUCUCUAAUAUCACACAGAGAUUCAAACGCAAGUAUCAACAGGAUGAUGACAUAAGCGACCUCUUGGGAGAGAUUAGAAAACUGAUGUCGGAUUUUACUGACAAUCAAGAUAAGAAGUAUAAAGCAUUAAUGAGUGCUGUAAAUGAUAUAAAGAACCAAAAUACUGAGAUUCAGAAGACUACCCAAUUCUUAUCAGACAAAUAUGAUGAAUUACUACUUAAGAUGAAUCAGCUGGAGAAGGAAAACAAAGAAAAACUAGCUUACAUACAAAUUCUUGAAGAGAAAAUAGAAAAUUUAGAAACUUUUUAUAAAUCUUCUAGCCUGGAAAUUAGAAAUUUACCCUUAGACAAAUCUGAGAGCAAAAUUAACCUAUGUGAGACCUUAAUAAACACAGGUAAGGUUCUGAACGUCCCACUACAAAAGUCAGAGAUACGAGAUAUUUACCGCCUGAAGUCCAAAUCUGGGAAGUCUAGUGGUACCAUAGUGGUUGACUUGUCCUCAGUUAUUGCUAAAGAUAAUCUCCUGCAAGCCUUUAAAAUGUAUAACAAGAAAAAUGCUGCAAACAAACUAUCCUCAAAAGAUAUACUGUUGGACGGUCCAAUACAACCUAUCUACAUGUCUGAGAAUUUGACAGCCAAAAAGAGGCGACUAUUUUAUCUCGCACGAGAGAAAGCGAAAACACUAGAAUAUACGUACUGCUGGGUCUCACACGGAAGGAUCUUUCUGAGAAAAAAGGAGGGUAUACCCGCAAUACGUAUCGACUCCGAAAAGGAUCUCGGCAAGUUACAACUAAAUAAAGAAUGA